AGUUUCCGAAACGCGGUCCUAAACUGACGCGUUCGGGAACAGAAGACCAUUACUAGGCGCAUGGUUUGCAUGGAGAUGUCUGCUUUAUACCUCGUUUUGCUGCUGUUCUCGGAGCAUGUUAUCGACGGGAUAACCAGAUCUUAUGAAGGGACUGAGUUAGCGACAACACCGACCGUCACCUCACCGUUACCAGAGCGGUGGCGGCGGCGGGACAAGCGGGGCUUGUUGGACUUGGCGGGCGUCGUUAAAUGCAGCACUGGGAGGUCGGCGGUGGCUUACAUCAUGUAUGGAUGUUACUGCGGGCUGGGAGGCCAGGGAUGGCCCCGAGACAAGGCUGACUGGUGCUGUCACAAGCAUGACUGUUGCUAUGGGAAGGCUGAGGAUCUGGGUUGUCAGACCAAGACAGACAAGUACCAGUGGACCUGUGAGAACAAGAUGUCUAACUGCGAGUCUCUCAAGGACAGGUGUGACAAGAUUCUGUGCAGGUGUGACCGGGAGGCGGCCAGGUGUCUGAGGAGAGCUCCCUUCAUCCCUAAAUACUCUGUCUGGCCUGACUUCAUGUGUGGAUACGAACAGCCCACCUGUCCCCAUCACUGAUGCUGUUACAGUGUGUGUGUGAGAGAGAGAGACUAGUGUUUUCUCAGGUUUGUCCUGGCUAGUGGUGUGUGUAUAAUAAAGACCUACAGUACUUGACUGUACCCACUGCCCAUGUGAUUCAUGGGUCUGAUUAACAGUGUGAUUAUAUCACCAUGACAGACCUGGUGGGGGUGUACCAGUAAGUCCAUGACUGAGGACUCAAACAGCAGCUCUAUAAACAGGUUGUAGACUGACAUUUUCAAUGUACAAAGAAAACAGUAAGGACAUUAUUCUAAUGGCGUGUGUGUGUUAGAAUCCCACAGCAAGAUGACGGCAUUGCUCCAAAACAAAGCCAUCAAAUUGUUGGCGUGUGCAUGUUAGAAUCGAAUGGCGUGAUUUCAUCUGUAGGCCUAAAAGAAAAAUACAUUCUCUCAUUUCAUCUGUAGGACAAAUCUUUGGAACAAACACAAAGUUUCAUCACAUUCUAAAAAAAAUUAUAAUAAUAAUAUUUUAUUAAUUUGUUUGUUUGCUAAGUCUUCAUUUUUUAGAGAAACCAGAACAACCCAGGUAAUGCAUCAGAUGGAAUCACAGUCAAAUCAAAUUUUGUUUGUCACAUACACAUAUUUAGCAGAUGUUAUUGCGGGUGUAGCAAAAUGCUUGUGUACCCUAACAUCUCAGAGGGAAUCACAGUGCACCAGAAGUAGUACUACCAGUUUAAUUUAAAGGGACAUUCCACCACUGUCCAACCUCAUUCAUCAUCUCCAGUAUACAACUUAGUUUGUCCUGAAUGGUAUCCCUUAUAUUUAACCAGACAAGUCAGUUAAGAACAAAUUCUUAUUUACAAUGACGGCCUAGGAACAGUGGGUUAACUGCCUUGUUCAGGGGCAGAACGACAGAUUUUUACCUUGUCAGCUCAGGGAUUCGAUCUAGCAACCUUUCGGUUACUAGUCCAACGCUCUAACCACUAGGCUACCUGCCGCCCCUAUAUAGACCACUACUUAUGGAAAAGUGGUGGAAUUCCUCUAAAUGAAAAAAUAAAAUCAUAAUU